GUGGUGUGUAUGUGUAUGUGCACAACUCUGCAUAUAUAUAAUUUUAGCAUAUGGAGGAUUAUUCAUUCGUGAAAUUUCUCUAUAUAUAGUAUUAAAGAGUUGUCCAGUGUCUGCAGCAAGUGAGACAAUAUGGACUCUGCUACUGAGUUGGAACAUAUAGAGAAGCUGGCAAAGGAAGCCGAAUGCUUAAAGAUACGCUUGGAAGAUGAACGACAAAAAUUAAAUGAUAUCACACUUGCUAGUGUAGCAGACAGGCUUGAGAUGAUUAAUUGUAUAAAUGUAAAACCUAGACGUAUUUUAAAAGGACAUCAAGCCAAAGUUUUAUGUUCCGACUGGUCUCCAGAUAAACGUCAUAUUGUUUCUUCAUCACAGGAUGGAAGAAUGAUUAUAUGGGAUGCAUUUACAACGAAUAAGGAACAUGCUGUUAGUAUGCCAACUAGAUGGGUGAUGGCAUGUGCUUAUGGCCCUAGCGGCACUUUAGUUGCAUGCGGAGGUCUGGAUAAUAAAGUUACAGUAUAUCCAUUGAGUCUAGAAGAUGAUGUUUCGGCUCAUAAGAAGACUGUUGGUACACAUACGUCAUAUAUGUCAUGCUGCGCAUUUCCUAAUAGUGAUCAGCAAAUUUUAACAGGCAGUGGAGACAGCACGUGUGGUUUGUGGGAUGUAGAGAGUGGGCAAUUAUUACAGAGUUUUCAAGGACACUCCAGCGAUGUCAUGUCUAUUGAUCUAGCGCCAAGUGAAACCGGGAAUACAUUUGUGUCGGGUGGUUGUGACAAAUUAGUCUUGAUUUGGGAUAUGCGCAGUGGUCAGUGCGUGCAAAGCUUUGAAGGACAUCAAUCUGAUGUUAAUUCAGUGAGAUUUCAUCCAGGUGGUGAUGCAGUAGCCACAGGUUCGGAUGAUGCUACUUGUCGAUUAUUCGAUCUGCGCGCUGAUAGAGAAGUUGCGGUAUAUGCAAAAGAAAGUAUAAUAUUUGGAGCAAAUGCGGUUGAUCUCAGUAUAAGUGGCCGCUUGCUCUUUGCCGGAUACAAUGACUACACGGUGAAUGUGUGGGAUACCUUGAAGUGUCAACGAGUGGCACUGUUAUAUGGGCAUGAAAACCGAGUUUCAUGUCUAAGAAUUUCCCCGGACGGUACUGCUCUGUCGACUGGAAGCUGGGACGCGACUUUACGAGUUUGGGCUUAGCUUCGCGAUUAUUGCGAUUACUGUUUUAAACAUGUUCAGAUACUCUUAUUAGGCAGCACAUUAAUAUUUAUUAUUUUACUCUAUUUAUAUUUAGAAAUUCUCGUCUUCUUGAAUACUUUUUGUACAUUAUAUUCAUGUUUUCAUAAUAUCAGAUAAAUACGAUGCAUUAAAUUGUUGUGUGUUCAAU